CAGCGUUGCACGUGGAAAGAGGAAGGAAAAUGAAGAUGCACUUUUUAACGGCGGUGAUAUUAGCAGUAUAUUAUGCGUGGCUUGUUGUGUGACAUGAAGGUUGGAUGAUAUUUGGAGGCAGCACAAUGAGCACUGCACCACCAGCAGCUACAGUUACAGCUGAAACUACACAUGUAGCGACAUCACCUUCACAAACGCACGCAACAUCAGCAAAUACCACUGAGGCACAAACGACGACUGAAUCUGUCUCCACGAUCCCCAGUACAAGUGAAACAACAGCUGGGUCCUCAGAAAACGUGAGCAUGAGCACUACGAACAGCUCCACACAAACUCAGACAACAACAAAUGCAACCUCGGACUAUAACGCUACCUCUGCAGCGACUGAGCUCACCAGCGCAGUUUACAACGAGACCACAAUCACAUCGAGUUCGGUGAAUGAAACUCAGGCAACAUCCUCUUCAGAGAGUCUUACCUCACAGAAAACAACUCUGGGAAGCACAGAUACGGUUAUUACUACUGACAAAAGCACACCUACAGCGACAGUUACUACGAUUACAACGGUGGCCUCUACUUCUACAUUAACACCAACAACAAUAAAAGCAACAGAAAACACGGCAACAUCCGUAACUAAACCCACAGAUUCUGUUGACGAAGAAAAGAAGCACACAGAGGCCCUGAGCUCAGGAAGUGUCGCUGCCAUCGUAAUUGGCGUCGUUGCCAUUGUACUAAUUUUACUUGUUGGUGCGUACUACUUCAAAAUUCGACACUCUUCUUAUGGACGCCUUUUGGAUGAUAGUGAACACAGCUCUGUGGGGAAUUUUCUUAACCCAAUGUUUGAUGGCUAAAUGGGGAAGCAUUCAUGAAGAAACAUUCGUUUCUGAGGAACAACCUACACGUCUUUCUUAAGCAAUGAAUAUGGUAAUAUUAGAUUCUGUAUUUUGGCCCCAAAAUAAGAUGAUGCACUGACCAGAAUCAUCAAGAAGUUUUAGAAUGUAGGCAAGACUUCGACUUCCUGUGAGUAUUACUAUGAAGGCAGGUUCCUGUUUGAAGGAAGUUUUUAAGUGAUGUCCUUGAAAUUUCUUUUUUGGUUUGUUUGUUUUGUGUAAUGUAUUGUCUCAAGUAAAUUUUUUGACUUAUUCACAUUGCUUGCUCUGUUCGUCUCAUGAUCAUAUAUUUGAGUAUAAAUAAACCACAUUACUAGCAUUAGCUGUAAUUUUUCUAAAUCAAAUCAAAAACCAUUAUUGGUCUCAAAGAGUGACCUUAUCAUUUACCAUAAUUACAGCUGUGGCCUCCCACUGUUCAUCCAAAGACAGUCCCUGUUUUAACGCAAAGACCGUUUAACAUUUCUGUAGCCUCAACAAUAACAGAUUUUUCCCUUUGUCAUUGUAAUGGCAGGGAUCCACAAGCAGCAUGCAAUUAAGCAUUUAAACAGUCAAGACUGUUAUUAGAGCCUUAAAAAUAAGCCAUCAAGCAAACGGAGGCUCGUUAACAAAACAUCUGGUGUUCUGGCUUGUUUGAGAUUGGGUUCAGUUAGUCGUGCUACAGCAGUUUACCACAUCCAGAAAUGUAUUUGUGAAUGUUUAAAACCACUCAUUUAGUUUCCUCUCUUUUUGUUACAUGUUUAACAGCAACCACUGUUUCCUGUUUUUGCAAAUGCUCUACUUUCAAAAAUGGUAUAAACCACAUGAACAUUGUCUAAAUCACUGGUCUAAAGCAGCAGCAACUGAUUGUAAAACUGUUGAUGUGUU